AUGAUUAACUCAAAGAGGAUCUUGGAGAUAGCACGCAAAUGGCAGAAGAAAGCUAUGAGUCAGAGGAGGAGAAUAUCCCUCAAAAGCAAUACCAGUAAUCGAAUAGAUUCAAUUGCUGCUGAGGGUCAUUUUGUGAUUUAUACAGUAGACGGAAGCCGAUUCAUGGUUCCCUUAGCCUUUCUUGACCACCACAUCUUUCGGGAGUUGCUCUUGAUGGCUGAAGAGUUUGGACUCACAGGGUGUCAUCCCAUAACUUUGCCUUGCGAGUCAUUUGUGAUGGAGUACAUAGUCUACCUGUUGAACAAGAAUGCAUCACUGGAGGUGGAGAAGGCAUUGGUUUCCAUGACAUGUUGCAGAGCCUCUCAUCCUGCUCUAGUCGUUGAACCAUUCUCUGAGCCAAUGAUACUCCAUAGCUUUUGA